CUCGUUUCCACGCGCCGUCGCUCGACAACAUCGUACAGGGAGACUUGAAUUCCCUGGAUUGUCUCCAGACGUAAGUCAAACCAAUCUUUUGUCAAAGUACUGCUGCCUCUCAUUCAAAGAGAGGCCCAAUAAUCUGACUCCAUGGCAACACUACAAUCAUCCGCAUUUCCUACGUGCAGCUGGACUCGACCCGUAUUCUACCGAGAACAGCAGCCAAAGGAGCCGGAACCACCUUGGAGAGCUUACCUGGUGGGAUUCUUACCAGCCGCUGGGCCCUAUGUUUGGGUGGCAGGGCAUCGCGACAGACCUAGGAGAGGGAUCUCAGCUUCCAGACCACCAAAUCCCUCUCGAUCCACAACUUGAAGCCGAUGAGUUGCCUCGAACAAGUAGUCAGGGUGACAGCAUCGCUGCGCUGGGGGCGUUGCAUACAGUUCGGGAAGAUGUCUUUCUGGGUAUGCCUGGUAGCAUCGAGCCUUCCCAAUCACCAGGACCGCAUGACUGUCGACCAUCUCAAACGGCCACUCAUAGAAGCCCGCAGGAAAGCAUUCCAAUCACCCUAGAUAACCCUGAGUCCAUCUUCUCCUCAACCUUUCCUUCAAGGAGCACCACUUCCGAUCGUCUGCCCACUCAGCCCUCAGCCCCCACAACUCAGCGCCGCAAUCACUCCGCAUCGGGCACCAAACGCAAAGCCAACGGAUCUCCAACGACUGACCUCGAUUCGAUCGAUGAAGACAACGCUAAUGCUAUCAAAAGACAGCGCAAUACUGUCGCAGCUCGAAGAUAUCGUCAAAAAGGCCGUGACCGCAUAACGGAGCUAGAAUCUGCUCUCAAAGUUGUCGAGGAGGAGCGUGAUAAACUGAAGCUGCAGCUCGCGAGGAAGGAGGCCGAGGUUGACGCUCUGAGGGAAAUAAUGAAGAACUAGGCAGAUCGUUGUCUUCCACCGGGAGAUCGCAUCAUG